CCCACAGCCCUGUAAGCGAUGGCGAAAUUCCUGCCUUUAUCACAAGGAGCAGGGUUGGAAGAAAAGUUGUUUCGAUAAAAUUGGCAAUUGGGUUUGCAUUCUCGACACUGAGCAGUGUCACUGUUGUUUGCUAGUUACUUCGAUCUGUUUUGGAUCCAGUUAAUGCCAGCGAGCGACGUUCAUAUUAGGGGAAAAGCACAUCUUCAUCUUGCUAACUAUUAGCUAGGUAGCAUUAGGUAGCUAACGCUAGCAUGUCACAUUUUGCCUUGUCUUAUGCCUAUUUAGGUAGCUAGCAAGUUACCCUUCUCAGGUGGUGCACAAAGUAGCAGGUCAUCGGAGCUCGCUGACGUGAAACAUUUCGAGAAGAGCUGCGUUGAAAUCAUCACGGUGCAUCGGCGUGUCAAGACUGCUGCUGUCCCGACUGACUGAGAGUACCUCUUCAGUGGUGUGAAUGAGGGAAACAUGGCAGACCACACCCCACCUCUGGAGUCCGGCCAGCUUCUCAGCCCUGAACUCCCGAUCCUGGCCUCACCACCACCCCCAGCCAUGGUCAAUGGGGAGGGCCCCCAGCAGGUAAUCCUGGUGCAGGUAAACCCAGGCGAAUCCUUCACUAUUCGACGAGAGGAUGGUCAGUUUCAGUGUAUCACAGGUCCUGCUCAGGUUCCCAUGAUGUCUCCAAAUGGUUCAGUGCCUCCAAUCUAUGUGCCUCCUGGAUACGUUUCACAGAUCAUAGAAGAGAACGGAGUGCGCCGGGUUCUGGUUUUACCUCAGCAGCCAGAGUUCCACCCUGGGGGCCACUCCCCUCUCCACCACCCUCCACCUCCACCCCACGCCCACCUGCCCGCCUUCAUCCCACACCCUGCCAUGAUGCCACCACCACCACACCUGUACACGGGCAUGGCCGGGGGGGUGGGUGACAUGAGCUCACAGUACAUCUCCCAGUACCACCCAGCUCAUAUUUACUCAGAGCAGGUCUCUGCAGAUUCUCACACCCAACAUGGACGCCCACCCUUCGUUCACAGAGAUGAUAGAACUAGCAAAACGUAUGAACGGCUGCAAAAGAAACUGAAGGAACGUCAGGGUGGCGGAGUAGGAGGGCAGGUGAAAGACAGUCCUCCCCCGUCGCCACAGAAGACUUGCAGCAGUCCCUCAACGCUGGACGUUCAAAACGGAGUUGGAGGGAAAAGUCUGGAGGCGGAGCAAGGUCAGCCGAGCCACGCUGUGGCCGGCACCGACAGACAGACGGGGAGAGGAAAGAACGGAGAGUCGGGAGAGCUGGAUGAAGAAGCUCAGGCCCUGUUGGCUCUGUUGAGUACCAUCAGUAAACCAGUGGUGUCGGACAUUCAGGCCAGAAGAGCAGUAGUGAGCUGGAGUGCACCCACCAAAUCAGAUAAUGAGAAUGGAAAUGUGGAGGAUGACAGCAGCCCCCCAGAGCCCCUCAGCUACGAGGUCUCCAUCUCCUUUAAUGGCAAAGAUGGGAAGUACAAGAGCAUGUACUGUGGGGAAGAAUUAAGUGCAACUUUAGAAGACCUUCGACCAGCAACAGAUUAUCAUGUCAGGGUCCAGGCCAUGUGUAACUGUUUACAGGGAAGCCUGUCUGAGGCUGUGAGCUUCACCACUUUAACCUGUGAGCCAGAUCCACCUAAUCCUCCCAAGAAGGCCAAUGGGACCAAGAACACACUUGUACUCCAAUGGAAGAAUCCAUGUGACAACGGUUCCAAAAUCCAGAACUACAUUCUCCAAUGGGAUGAGGGAAAGGGCACUGGGACAUUUGAACAGUGUUACUAUGGACCUCAGAAGCAGUACAGAGUGACCAAGCUUUCACCAGCUUCCAGAUACUCGUUCCGCCUCGCAGCCAAAAAUGACAUGGGCGUGAGCGAGUUCAGUGAAGUGGUGGACCUGUUCACCUCAUGCAGUGUGCCAUUGCCACCCUUCCCUCCAGAGCUGGAGAUGGCAGGAGUGACCUGGCUGUGUCUGAAAUGGCAGAGGCCCACUAGCUCUCCAAAGGAGGACGACAUCUACUACAUUUUGGAGAUGGAGGAAGAGGGCUCGGGAUACGGCUUCCAACCAAGCUACGAUGGCGACGAGCUCACCUGCACCAUCAAGAACCUUCACAGGAGCACCAAGUACAAGUUUCGGGUGGCAGCAUACAACUCAGAGGGUAAAAGUAACCCUAGCCAGGUGGUAGAGUUCAUCACCAACCCCGACAGACCCGGCAGUCCCUGCAGACCUGUCAUCAGGGGCAGAGUCCAGCCAAACAGCUUCAAGAUGGCCUGGGAGCCCCCGAAAGAUAACGGUGGAGCAGAAGUCACAAAGUACGUGGUGGAGCUGUCUGAAGGCUUAAGCGGUUUGUCGUGGGAGUUGGUGUAUUCAGGGCCAGCUAUGGAGCAUGUGUGUGAAGGCUUGAAGCCCGGCUGCUCCUACCAGACGCGAGUUUACUGCAUGAGCGAGGGGGGGCAGAGCCCGCUGUCGGAGACCCUGCAGGUCCAGACUCCCGCAGUGCCCCCAGGGCCCUGCCAGCCCCCUCGGCUGGUGGGCAAGCCCAAAGCCAGGGAGGUGCAACUGCGCUGGGGUGCCCCUCAGGUAGACGGAGGCAGUCCAGUGUCCUGCUACAGCGUAGAAGUGAGUGGGCUGCAGUCUGAAGAGAGCAGGGAGGUUUACCAGGGUCCAGAGCUGGACUGCUCUGUGGGUGGUUUAAUGCCUGGAAAAACCUACAGCUUCCGGCUCAAGGCUGCAAACAAAGCAGGGUUCGGGCCGCUUUCAGAGCGCUGUGAGGUUACAACCGGCCCCGGGGCCCCUGAGCAGUGCAAGCCUCCGUCCACCACAUGCAAAUCCCCCAGCUGUGUGGUUGUGAGCUGGGAGACCCCCCCUUGCAACGGUGCUCCCGUGACAGAGUUUCGUCUGGAGUGGGGGGCAGCCGAGGGCAGCAUGCAGGUGUGUUACAGCGGACCAGGGCUCAGCCAUGAGAUGAAGGGGCUGCUGCCCGCAACCAAUUACUUCUGCCGGGUACAGGCUGUGAAUGUUGCAGGAGUGGGUCCGUUCAGCGAGGCCGUCCUGUGCCAGACUCCCUGCUCCGUCCCGGCGGCGGUCAGUAACAUCUACGCGCUGAAGGAUUUGGAUCUGCAAAGGUACGACGCUCAAGGGGACGCAGAGGAAGACGAGGAAGAAGAAGAAGGCGAUUCCGAGCCGCCGCCACCGCUCUACUCGCCGUCGACCUGCCUGGGCAUUUGCUGGGACCCGCCCUGCGACCACGGUGCCGAGAUCACGUCCUACCUGAUAGAUCUAGGAGAGCGGCAGCCCGUCGUCGUCGGCCCCAUCACCAAACACAUUAUCCAGAAUCUGCAGCCCGACACCAGCUACAGGAUCCGAAUUCAAGCCCUGAACAGCCUCGGAGCAGGCCCCUUUAGUCACACCUUUAAGCUGAAGACGAAGCCCCUCCCCCCGCAGCCACCCCGCCUGGAGUGCACCGCCUUCAGCCACCAGACCCUCAGGCUCAAGUGGGGCGACGGACCAGCCAAAUCCGCCACCUCAGAUGCCCUCCAGUAUCAGCUGCAGAUGGGAGACAAGAGCGGCAGGUUUAUAUCCUUGUAUAAAGGACCAUGCCACACACACAAAGUCCAGAGGCUUAAUGAGUCUACCUCUUACACGUUCCGUAUCCAGGCCUUUAAUGAGGCGGGCGAAGGGCCCUUCUCCAGUGUUUACACAUUCACCACCCCACGCUCUCCUCCUGCCCCCGUCAAAGCCCCUAAAGUGGAGCGUCUGGACGAAAGCUCUUGCGAAGUCACAUGGGAAGCUCUGCCACCAAUGAAAGGGGACCCGAUUAUCUACACUUUGCAGUGCAUGAUGGGAAACUCCGAUUUCAAACAGGCCUACAAAGGUUCUGCCACAUCCUUCCACGUGCAGAACUUGCAGCCCAGCAGCGACUACCGUUUCCGGGUGUGCGCCAUCAGGCAGUGCCAGGACGCCCCGGAGCUGAGCGGGCCCUACAGCCCCACGGUGACCCUGACCCCCCAGCGGAGCGACGCGGCGGCGAGCGGCAGCGCGGCCGGCUCCGGCUCCAGGGCCGGCGCCGAGUCCAUCCGGGCCCGACGCAGCCUGACGGACGAGCAGUGCGCGUUCCUCCUCCUCAUGGUUUUCGCCAUCAUCGCCAUCCUCAUCGCUUUCGUCAUCCAGUACUUUGUCAUCAAAUGAGCGUUGUUUUUUUUUUUUUUGUUUUGUUUUUUUUGUUUGUUUUUUUUUACCCAGCUGCAGGGUUAUAGCUUUAUUCUUUCUCCCAUUCUCUCUCUCUCUCUCUUUCUCUGUUGUUUUUGUAUUCUUCAUUUCCUGUUUUUCUGUUGUCAACAGAGUAAUCACGUUAGCUGCAGUGGGGGGCCGGGUCGGGAGGGGCUAGCGAGGGAUUGAGGCAGUGUUUUCACCUGUGAAACCUUCCUGACUCUCCUGCCUUUGUCGCCCCCGUCCCGAUGUUGUGGUAUCUGUUGUUCUGUUUAGUUUUCUGUUCUCUCAUGAUCAGCUUCCUGCGCGAAAAGGAACUCGGACGAGCAAGGAAAUGGUUAACUUUGGGAAGAGUUUUUGGGGGAGGGGUGGGGUGGGGGAUGCUUUGACUCAUGUACUUGUUGAUUACAGUAUAUAUAUGUGUAUAGAAAUAGUCAUUAUUUAUAUUUCCAUUUACGUGUCCAGUAUGAAACUGUUUUUGAUAGACGUGUUCCUUAAAUAGUAUGUAGGUGUGUCAUUAGCCUAUGUGCUAUUUGAUCCUGGGACCUGGUGGGCCAGUGUUUGCACAGUGGGGUGUGUGUGUCCAGAUGUGUAUACUGUAUGUAGUUUGUGCCACAGAGGUACACGGCUGGGAGAGCUUCAGGGCCAGAUGAAGGGACUUAACCCCCUGCUGGAGUUAAAAGGGGUCUUAGCGGAAGAAGAAACAAAAAUCCUUGCUCACAUUAGCGAACGUUCAUUUAGCACUUUCCGACCUUUUGAUGUUCAGAAUGUUUAAGGAUGCAAAAAUGACUGGAGAUAUGUUAGUAUAUUUUUGUACAGUGAAGACACAAGGACCUGUAAGUUUGAGGAGAAAAAAAAAAUGCUCAGUAUAAAGUUAGAAAACAAACAAAAACCAAACUAACAAUGAAUUCUAAUUAUUUUUACUAUCAUAUAGUUAUACUGUAGCUUGUUUUUACAAUCAUGCAGCUGCUUUACUCUGAAAUAUUGUUGUUCAGCACAAAAAAUGUAUGCUUACCUGUAUGUUUUUAUUUUAUUUUGUUUGUUUUUUCUCUCUUUCUUUUUUUUUGUUUUUUGUUUCUUUGCUUUGUUUUUUUCCCCCCCUGUAAUUCAUUUUGCACCUUAGUGGAAGAAAAACCUCGACUGACUGCGUCUUGGUCUUGUGAUGCAUUUUAUAGAAACACACUUUAAGAUUGUGUGAGCCCUACUUGUGUUUUGGGUGUUUUAAAAGUUGUAGUACCACAUGACGUGUCACUGAAACAGCUGAUCUAUCUCAGCAAAAAACAAACAAACAAAAAAAACAAAAAAAAGACAGAAAAAAAGGCAUGUACCAGUUGUUUCAGAGGCCUUAAUUGGAGAGAGGAAAAAAAAAAAUCUCGGGAGAAUUUUCUUAAUUUCUCUUAAGUUCGGAUUUUUUUUUUUUUUUUUUUUUUUUUUUUUAAGUAAUAAAAAACUCUAAAAACGUGUUUUAUUUCCUUUUAUUUUUGUAACAUUUAUUUGAUGUUAGUAAAAAUAUGUAAUCGUGAGAGAAAUGGAAAGUAGUUCUGUGUAUUACUUCUGAUUUCUUUUGAUUUCUUUUGUCAGGUCAUACAUGUGUGAAGUAUAUUUUUUUAUGAUAUUGAAGUAAUAUAAGUUAAUACUCUCCAGAGAAAAUAAUAAAUCCUGAGUACUCAUAAAUCAUGGAACGCAGACGGCAGAUACAAAAUGUGUUAUAUCAUGUACUUCCUGUGAAUCUAAAUUUGCCUUUUCUCUGUGUUAAGUAUUCGUAACAGAUUGCUAACGCUGACUUGUCAGUAGUGAUCUGUGAGCUGUAGGGUCUAGUGUUGUUUGGUUUGGGCAGAAAACUGCUGUUGCAACCAUAAAAAUGAAAUACAGGUACCUUGCAAAACGUCUUGAAUAAUUACAUGAUUUGGUCUUUGAGGCAUUCUGCAAAUGUCUUCUCUUUGUCAUUUAAAGAAGUCAAAUUCCUAUUUUUGAUAGCAAUUGCAACGUGUGCCAUUUUAACACCCCUUUCCCUGGGUUUACGACCUUCGGUUGGGGAGAUUAACAAAAUGCUACAAAAAUGAGUAAAAUAUGCACAAAAAUAGAGACCAUUUUUAUGUAAUUUUACUGUUUGCAGUUACCUCAUACACCGUACAUUCCAAAAUGAAAAUUUGUUAUACUAUACAUACUACCAGACAUAUCACUUUAAAAUGUGCGUUAUGGGAAAAUGUAUAAUCAUAGAUAUGUAUCUAAAGUGUAUCUGUAUAGCCAUGAUAUCUACAAAGGAUCCAUGCACAAUAAAAGAUUUAUAAUUCUUAA